AGAAGUCAGAUCGAGCGCGGACCGUUCUGGUGUACGCGCUUUGGUCCUGUCGCAAAUGCCGUGACCGUCAUUUGGACGGUCAUCUCGUUGAUCUUUUACUGUUUCCCGUACUAUGUUCCGGUGCAGGCGGCUCAAAUGAAUUACGUCGCUUGUGUCCUGGCUGGAAUCACACUCUGGGGCGUGGCUUAUUGGUACCUCCACGGCAAGAGCCAUUAUAUC